AUGACACAAUCCUGGAAGCCACCCCAGACGGCGUCGAGCUCGAAGGAAACAUACACGGAAGAGUCCUUCAGGCCAUUACUGAACAAGCUGGUGCAGACACCCGAGUACUUUACUCCAGAUGAUCUCAAGAAGGCGCUUAACCAUCUGUUCACCCCCGACGUCCUCCAACCCGUACAAAUCGGAGCGUUUCUCAGUGCAUUACACAUACAUCGGGUGGAGAGACGGCCAGAGUCUCUUGCGGCAGCUGCAUCGGUGUUGCGGGAGAAGGCGCUGAAGGCUGCAGUGCAAGAUACGGAGAAUGACUUUGUCGUCGACAUUGUUGGAACAGGCGGGGAUGGAUACAACCUUUUCAAUGUUAGCACAACGGCAGGGAUCGUUGCAGCUGGUGCUGGGGCCCGAGUCAUCAAGCACGGUAGUCGCGCAUCAACCUCAUCGUCAGGUGCAGCAGACCUUCUCGAGGCCCUGGAUUGCCUUUUCGUUGCCCCAACACCAGGAACACCUAUGCCCAUUCCUCGUGUUCCAUUCACCUUCAUUCUCGCGCCCCAUUAUCAUCCCGAAUUAGGCUAUAUAACACCGUACCGAAAGGCUCUUCCUUUUAGGACCAUGUUUAACAUCCUCGGGCCCUUGAUUAACCCGGCAAACCCGCGAGGAAUGGUACUUGGCGUCGCAGAGCCCGAGAUCGGUCCAACGUUCGCUCAGUCACUUCGUGAUGGUGGCGUUGAGCGUGCUUUAGUUGUUUGUGGCUACGAAAAGCUGGAUGAGAUCAGCUGUGCGGGGCCGACGUAUGCUUGGGAGCUGAAAGAUGGUGUGGUUACUGAGUUGACGCUGCAUCCGGAGCUCUUUGGAUUGGAUGUGCAUCCACUGUCCACUGUCGCGGGUGGUAGCCCUCAAGAAAACGCCGAUACCUUCAAGAGGUUACUCAAUUCUGGUGGAAACAUCCCAGAGGAUUUGACGCCAGUUUUGCACUUCGUUCAGCUGAACGCAGCAGCGUUAUUGGUAGUUGCUGGAUUGGCAAGUGACUUUGAGGAGGGAGCAAAAAUGGCGCUCGAGAGCAUCACUUCAGGAAAUGCCUGGAAAGUUCUCGAAACAUUCAGAGAGGCAGGAAGAACCGCAUCGGCAAAGGUAGUUAAAAUUUAA